UGUCCCGUGCCAGGCUGCAAUUCCUCCUUUACCAGGAAAUUCAAUCUGAACGGACACUUGCGGUCGCACACAGGAGACAAGCCGUUCAAGUGCCGAGAGUGCGGCAAGAAUUUUGCAAGGCACUUCGACCUUUCCAGGCACGAACGACUGCACUCGGGCAUCAAGGCGCACACGUGCGAGAGUUGCGGCAAAAACUUUGCUCGGAUAGAUGCGCUACGUCGCCACUUGCGAUCU